AUGCCCCACGCUGUGUCGAUGCCCUCACCAGGGCUCCAAGCCUUGGUGCUUUGCGGCCCAGGGUCUUCGUUCCCGACGUUCACUUCCAACCCCGAUGAAAACCCCAAGGCGCUGCUGCCCAUUGCCAACCGCCCCAUGGUCUGGUAUCCCAUUGACUUUUGCUACCGCAUGGGAAUUACAAAUAUCACACUCAUCUGCCCCGCCUCAGCAGAGAAGGCGAUCACUACCGCCUUGAACACAAACCCUCACUUGACUGCACUGCCCCUGCCUAGGCCAGACAUCCUCGCGCCCAAGGACCUCGACCAGACCACUGGUACUGCCGAGAUCCUCCGUUUGCCUGAGGUGAAGCAGCUUGUCACGUCCGACUUUGUCAUUCUUCCAUGCGAUCUCAUUUGCGAAGUUGCUGGUGAGAAGCUGCUGCAAGCAUGGAUGGUCAAGGGAGCUAGCAUGUCCGACCUCCUCGGCGCACCCAAGUUCUCUGGCAACAGCUCCAGUGCCUUCAGCGGCGGCCUCGGAGUAUGGUACGAGACAAAGACAGCCCUGGCCGUCAAGAAGGAGGAGACCGACUUUGUCGCUGUUACGCCAUCUGCGCCCUCCGCUGUUGCACCGCCAAAGGGAUCGUUGCUGCCGCAUCUCUCGAACCUCGUCUACUCUAUGCCCACAGACACCUUGAAGGACUUAACCGAGGAGAAGAAGGGACUUCCUAUUCGCCACGGCCUGAUGAGAAGUCAUCCCAGGAUACGUAUGCUCACCACACACAGAGACGCUCACCUUUACAUCCUCCCGAGAUGGGUCAUGGACUUCGUGGAGAAGAAUGAGCGGUUGGAGAACUUUGGCGAGGAUGUCAUCGGAUGGUGGGCAAAGGCUGGCUGGCAGACUGGUCUCGCUGAGAAGUUGCAACUGGACGAGGUGCUUCGCAAAGACGAAGAGGACGACGAUGAGGACUCCGUCCAGGAGAGUACGACAUCACCCCAGGACGACGACCCGGAGGAGCUUCGCACCAUCCCCGGUGGAGACGACGGCAAGAAGAUGGACAGCAAUGACCACGCUUCUGGAAACACUCACAGCGACCUCACAGUGCCCCCGAUCCUCGCUUACAUUCACCCUUCUCAAGCGGAUGCACCGCUGGUCCGACGUGUCGACACCUCCAAGCUUCUCCUGAACCUCUCACUGCAUCUUGCAAAGCUGCCCUCAGUGGAAGAGACAGGUGUUGACGCCGCAUCACCUUUCGCUCACGCCAAGAAGGUGGCCUAUCCAGAGGGAGUCAAGGGUCGCACGACUAUUACCAAAGCCGACUGUCUCAUCGCCGAGAACGUCACCGUUGAGGAGAAGGUCUCUAUCAAGGAGUCUGUGAUUGGCGCCGGCUGCCAGUUGAACGAGGGCGCGAAGCUCCUUCAGUGUCUGCUGAUGGAAGGAGCCCAAGUCGGCAAGAACUGCAAGCUCACAAGAUGCAUUUUGGGCAAGAGAUGUGUCAUCGGAGAUGGAACAACCCUUACAGAUGUUGAGGUUCAGGAGAACCUCAUUGUGGAAGCCAAGACCGAGGACAAGGACAACAAGCUCAUGAGCUCUGACGGACUGGAUGCUACGGAGGAGGAGAUGCAGGAAGUCUUGGACGACAUGGACAAUGAGGUUAUGGCUCAGAAUGAGGAGGCAGUCGAGUAA